ACCAUUCCCCUGAGGCGGCAGCCGCGGCCCAGGCGCCGCCCCGCGGCUGAGGGGCGCCCCGGCAGCGCCCGCUCUAUCCUCCUGCGCCCGGCUACAGCCGCUGCGGUACCCGGACGCGAGGGAUCCUUUGCAUAUUUUACAGUUAAAGACCGACUACCCCAGAUCCUCACAAAAGUUAUUGACACUCUGCAUCGACACAAAAAUGAGUUCUUUGAAGAACAUGGUGAGGGUGUUGAAGCAGAGAAGAGAGCUAUAUCCUUCCUUUCCAAAUUACGGAAUGAACUGCAAACAGACAAACCUGUGACUCCCCUAGAAGAUGAGCUGCCCGAUGCUGCCCUGUGGAACCAAUACCUAGACUACCAACGUAAUUUAUCUAAUGGAAAUGGAGAACCAAGUUGGUUUCAGUCCCCUUGGUUAUUUGUAGAGUGUUACAUGUAUCGAAGAAUUCAUGCAGCAUUAGCACAGAACCCACCCAUUGGCAGCUUUGACGUAUUUAAGGAAGGAAAGGCUCAAAAUUUCUUUGAAUCCCAAGAGGCUAUUAUUGCUUUAUGCACUUACUUUCAGGAACUUCUUAAAAACAUCCAGGAUUUAGAUGAAAAGCAACUUCAGGGGGAACUUUUUAAGCUACUGCAGGUGUCACUGUGGGGCAAUAAGUGUGACCUCUCUUUUUCAGCUGGUGAGGGAAGCUCUCAGAAAUCUAGUCCUUUACAAUGCCUGGAAGACAUGGUACCUUACAUCAUAGUGAAUGAUAUGGAAAGACUUUGGUCACUACUUAUAAAUGCCAAAAAAAGGAAUACAGAUAAGUGUAAUGUUAGAGUUGAUAUAAUCUUGGAUAAUGCUGGAUUUGAACUUGUAAGUGAUCUUGUGUUGACUGACUUCUUGUUAUCAUCAAAGCUAGCUGAUGAAGUCCAUUUCCAUGGAAAAAGUAUUCCGUGGUAUGUGUCAGAUACAACAAAGAAUGAUUUUAACUGGACUAUUAAACAGCUCCAGUCAGCUAAUCAUAUGUGGAUGUCUAGGUGUGGGAUAAACUGGGAGGGCAACUUGAAAAAGGGCGUUUGGGUUUACCAUGAUCACAUGUUUUGGACUUUGCCACAUGUCUAUUCCAGCAUGGCUGAGGUUGCUCCUGAUUUGUAUGCUGAUCUACAGAAGUCAAACUUACUUCUUUUUAAAGGUGAUCUAAACUACAGAAAGUUAACAGGUGAUAGAAAAUGGGAGUAUACUGUUCCAUUUCAUCAGGCCUUGAACAAGUUUCAUCCUGCACCUCUCUGUAGUUUAAGAACACUGAAAUCUGACACUCAGGUUGGCCUGAAGCCUGGGCAAGGUGAACAAAUCCAGGCUUCUGAGCCGGAAUGGAUGGUAAGUGGCAAAUAUGGGAUAGUUCAGUUUGAUGCUACUCCCUGAUUCCAAUUAAAUGGUUCCAGAAAUUCUAACAGCUAGUUGUAGAAGAGUUGUGACUGUUUUCUCUGUUUGGCUUAAGCAAUGAUUUCUUGUUUGCACAUUUUUUUCUGAAUAAUUUGUUGUUCCUUAGGACUUUGACGUUCCAUAAAAUUUUCUGAGCUGUCUUUGUAUACAUAAAUUGUUCUGCAUUUCAGUAUAUACUUUUUUUUUCUAAUGUCAGUGGCUGAUGUCUAAGAUGAAUAUUUGGUUGUCUAUUAUUUUUUCCCCCCUCAUCUGUGGGUAUGAGAGUUUAUGCCUAAGAAGUGAAAAAUCUACUUCAGAAACCAUUUCCUUUAUCACAUCUUAGCAUGUACUUACUUAGUUCAGGAUAAUUUGUUCUUUAUGUGCCAUGCAUUGCAUGAAAGUUAAUAUUUUAGCAACUACGUAAAUAAAUUCUUUUGAAUGUGGUCAUUGCAGGAUCAUAUUUUAAAACUGUUUGAAAGAGUUUUCUUGUACCUAGACUUUAUCACAUAAAUUACUUUUUACAUGUUACUUGUGUCAAAUCACUUUCAGUGUUUUUAAAUAGUUAUCUUUACUUGAAUAUAGUUAGCACUGUAUUAAGAUAAACGUUUUUAGUAAAUGUUGAUUUAGAAUUUGAAAACUGAAUAUAAAUUUUUGAUUUUUAGAGUAUGAAUGAAUGUUGCUAUUUAUUUUGUUGGUAAGACUGAAGUUAUCCUAUCUGAUAAGAAAAUCAGUAGGAAGAAGGACAAUUUCAUUUAAGGAGUAUGGAAGGUAUUGUUUAUUUAAGGGUCUCUACCAAAAACAAUAAGAAAAACAAACAAACACACAAGCUUGAAUUGAAGGUGGCCUUCACGUUAGUGAUUGUGGUUGAAGCAUUUUUGCCUCUUUCAACUUAUAUAUAUUUUAGGAUACCACAAUUUAUAUUGGGGAAAUGCAGCCCCAGUUGCACUGAGAAGUACAGUAUAUGUUAGAGAUAUAUACCAUACAGGUUGCUGCUUGUUGGAGUUACAUCUCGCUUUCUUCUCUUCUACUCCAGCGUCAGGUUACCUCACACUGAAACUGGGUAGGAAUUCAGUAAUAUUUUGUGAUUUUUAUUUUUUCUUUUUAUUUUUUGCCCAGAAUGUAAGGAAAGGAGAAAGACUUCAGUAACUUCUAAAAAAAGAAUUAAAAAUGGAUUCUCUCAAGUCUUAAAGUAUUGCUGGAAUUAGGGCCUUUUAUAGAAGAGCUGCAGGUUUGUUAGGAAAUGGUGGUAAAAUUACCCUUAGAGUCUGUCUUUUUGUUUCUGAUGUUGUCCAGGGCUUCUAACAGCAGAACUUGUCCCUGGUAACCAAGGACUUUAUGUUAUUGAGAGGAAGAGUAGUUGAUAGGUAGAGAAUCUUCCCCUUCUGUUUUAUAGAUACAAUGAAAUCUUGUACAGCGAAUUGGAGGACACAGAAAUGUCUUUAUUUGACUACAUUCUGGAAUGCUUUGGCAAGAGAAUUAGAAUGACUCUGUGGUGGAAGUUGGAUUAAAAGAAAUUUCUGCACUCAUGGUCAAACUAAGACAAGGGUAAACUUUAGUAGGUCUAAAGAAGUUGGAGAGGGAAGAUGGAAUAUUUUGUAGCUCUUCUGGGCUUUGAAAUGAAACUGGAAUCCCCUUCUGCUAAGUGAAAUUGCUGGCAAAGUAUGCCUCAUUUAUCAUUCUAAAAUGGAGAGAAUCAGUUGCUGCUACAAGAGACUGUGUUCAUAUAAUAAAGAUCUAUAUGUAGUUGAAUAUUCUCCAGUUACUCAUGACUUUGAUUAUUUGUGUUUGUGUUCUUCUUUCUUCUGACAUCUGAAAGUAUAGUAAUAUAUUUUAAAGUUGCAAGGUAAAAUAUUCAAGAACUAAGAUGCUAGGAUUUUCUUGAGGCAAUGUGAUAUUGGAGGUGGGGCUCUAGUUUUGAGAGGUGGGCUUAGUGCUGUCAUCUCCCUUGUGCCACUGGCUUAGGACUCUUAGAAGAUGAAUUCGUGUUCAUCAUAAGUCACUUGAUUAGAAUGUGUAAGUCAGAAAUCCAGUUAAGAGAGCUGAAAGUCAGAUAGCUCAUCUUUGUCUGGAGGGAGCUCAAGGAGGCUCCAGCCUUGAUAAAACAUAUAAAUGUAGUGAUGAGUCUGAGCACUGGAGCCUCAGUUUCUCAUCUUUGAGGAUGCUGUUAACUUAUUUCAAAUGCACUUUGAAGCAACAGCUUUGGGUCAGGAGCACAUACAAAGGUGGAUGUUGUGGAAUAUGUGCAAUAAAAACUUUCUGCCUUGUCCAAAAUAAUGGAAAGAACAUGAUUUUUUUUUUUGUGUGCAGAUUACUUGUACAGUGCUCACUUAAACUGCUGAACAGAUUGAAAAGCGUGUAAUGAAGAAGAAGAAAAAAAGAUUGUUUCAUUCUUAAGGCAAUCCUUUGCUUAAGAGGCGAAUCUAUUCCCAGUCUUUGCAGGUGCUGAGUAACUUGCUUGCAUUUUUAUCUGGCUAUUAAUCUGUCUCUAUGUUCCCAAGUUGGCUCUUUAUUUCUGGGAACUCAAUGCAACAAGUACUCUGAAGUUGUGAUAAAUAGUCCUACAAAUUCUAAACCACUUAGGAAAUGCAUCAGUAGUUGCACAGUAGUACUGAGUCUUCUUGUUGGAGGCUGUUGUGUUGAUGUUUGUGGGGAAGCAGGAUUGCCUGAGUAUUGUAAGACAUGUAGAUCUUAGAUUAGCACUUGUAAUGUAAUGUAAGGCAUGAAACCACACUGAGGAUAGAGGGGGGGGAAAAAAGUUAAUUUUUCCAAUUCAACCUAAAUAAAGUGAGCAUAUAUUUAACCCCUCACAAAGAGAAGUCUGGAAAUUUACAUGCAACAAUUAUAUAAAGAAUGCACAGCCAUAUCUUCCAAAUUGCUUAACUUCCUAUAGCUGUAACUGCAAAGUGCCAUUUAUAGACAUAAUUUAGUAUGCAUCAUACCUUUCUGUUUUCUGAUUAGCUGUAUUGUUGUAAAAUUUGCAUUGCUGAUAAGGAAAAGAAGUGAUACUGAAAUGCCAGUGUUACAUUCUCCCGUGCCACAACGUAGUGUUAUUCUGGUGAGGCACUGUGCUCUGAUGUUGAGCUAGUUACAGUUUAGUUGAAAAUACUCUAUCCACUUAAGAAGUCCAGUUAUAGAUUUUCAGUAUUAACUUCUUGUGUUAAUGCAGCUUUGUGAAAGGGCAACAUGCACCUACAGCACUUAAGUGGAAUUUACUGUUAUUAGUAUAAAGCAUAUAUUAUAGCAACAGCAUAUGCUAUAGUACUCCAUAAUUAUUUUCUUGAGUCUUCAAGAAAGUUGCUUCUGUACGUCAGUCACAACUGGUUGCCCAAAAUGCUUCUACAGCAUAACUCAGGAGCUACUGAUUUGCAUAACAAAUUCUUGAGGGUUUUUUCUUUUUUUCUAUAUGCCACUUGAUUACUUACAUCAAAAAUAAGGGCAUUUUCAGUGAUUCCAAGGACCACAGACCACUGUCUUUUGACUUCUGUUUUUUGUUCUACCUUUUGAGCAACUGUAUUUGUAAAUCAGUUUUUGAGAGAAUGGUGACUUCCAUCUGUGAUGAAACAGUAGAAAAGUAGUGUCACAGGCACAAAGAAAACCAGUAUAUGAAACUGAAGACUUGACAAUUCAUUAGGUAAGAUAUAUACAAUAAUUCUAUAUGCAUUUGAAGCUGUAAGGCGAGGCUUUGUAAAAGAAAUUGAUGCAGAAAAUAAGUUGACUGUGUGGCUGGAAACUGUUUUAAGAAACAAAUUCUGUAACUGUGUGCAAAUGUCAAACUUCAUACUGUUUUCAUGGCUGGAAAACCAACUUGAAAUAAUUCAGGUCUAAGUUCCUGGCAUUUUUUCCUCUGAAAUGGAUUUUGUAUAAUGCCAAUAAAGCUUAUUUAUCCACUGAGAUUUUGAAAGAAAUAGAUAUGAGUACCUUAUUUGUUUUCCUUAAUACUGCCAUGUCUCAAUAAAAGUUUUACCUUGUUAUAAUGCCAA